AUGGAUUGUCUUCCGCGGAAACUACUACUCAGGCGUCGAUGGCUACGGGUCGGUAGCGGUGGUGACCAGAAAUAUCGGUGGACACAGUGUGAUAUUGACAUCACUAGUAGAUACUAUUAUCCAAAUUACCUGUGCAUUGAUCGACACAAUUGGUCAGAGCGGGUGCCGGCAUUUGAUGGCCAGUCAACUAAUGCCAAAAAUUUAGUGCCAAACAUUGUACACUAUAUACUGUUUGAAACACAUUAUAUAAAUUAUGUACACUUUUUGUCUACUCUAUCGGUACUGAAAAACCAGAAACCCGAUAGUCUAUACAUUCAUUGCGAUUGUCGACAACUAGGGGGUGACUAUUGGCAGCGUAUUAACCGAGUGGCCAACGCAACCAAUACUACACGGCUUAUUGUACGGGAAAUUCAACGACCGACUCAUAUAUUUGGCCAACAGUUGAGUCAAUCAUUUCACAAUUAUCACGCAUCAGAUAUCGGCAGAAUUCAAGUGCUUCGGGAGUUUGGCGGCAUUUAUCUGGACAGAGAUGUCUAUGAUGUGAAAAGUUUGGAUCCGUAUCCCAACUAUGAGAUGACACUGGACUAUGAAAUACGUGAUUGGGGUUUGAAUACUGAAUACAAAGUGUUGGGCACACAAACACUGAUAGCCCAUAGAAACUCACGGUUUUUGAAACUAUGGCUAAUGUGUUACUGUGAUUAUCAUCCCUGGGAAUGGUAUUACAAUGCGGGCGAAAUGCCUACUAAAGAGAUAUUAGAGAAACGGCCGGAUCUGAUACACGAUGCAAACGGUCAGUUUGCUGCCGAUAGUCAGCGUGUAUGUCCGCAACUUUACUAUCGCUAUCUAACCGAUUGGCGUCAAACCUAUCAUACGGUUCAUCUGAAUAUCAGAGAUAACUUACUUUCGCCGUUCGAUUGGUGUCUCGAAUCUAAACGACCGCCGAUCUCACGGUUCGAUGAAUACAAUGUCCGCCAAUUGAGUACAACAUUCGGCGAAAUGGCCAGAGAUGUGUUGGACUAUGAAAUAUCGGUUACAAACUAA